AUGGACUUUGGGGAUAUUAUUGUUUUGGAGACAGAGGCCGCCAGAAGAGUCCGCGAUGAACGAAGAAUUCAUCGGCGAAAUCUCCGAGAUCGAAGUAACCCCUUCGAUUUAGGAGAUGAAGAAUUCCGAAUUUACUUUAGAAUUUUGGCUGCAGUGCGUUUUUAUGCCGUUGGUAGCUACCAACGGUGUGUUGGCCAAGAUUAUAAUAUUGUAUUGGCACAACGAACGGUCAGUAAAGUCGUUAAGGAGGUGUCGCAUGCCAUUGUGCACAGACUCCUCAAUGUUUACAUUAAAUUCUCUAGCACAACUGAGGAAAGGAGGGCUGUAGCUAGCGGGUUUCAGGCUGCACAUGGCUUGCCAGAUUGUUUGGGGUGUAUUGACUGCACACACAUAGCUAUUGUCACACCCCAUAACAAUGAUGCUAAUGAUCCACCUAUAGGAUUACUUAAUGUAAAUGCAAGAUUCCCAGGUUCAACUCACGACCAACACAUUUUUAACCGAAGUGUGGUUAAAGAUGAAAUGAUGAGACUGGUAGAUGGUAGAAUUAGAAAAUACUAUUUAAUUGGUGAUUCUGGGUACUCUAAACAGUCAUACAUGUUGACACCAGUUUUGCCAAGUCCACCUGAAGGUUCCCCUGAGUACAGAUACCCAUUACCAGAGCCAGAAACAUCUACUGAGGAACUUACUGACCACUCUAUACCUACACAUACUGCUACCAGUUCAUCAGCAGCUUUGCGUUGGCAGCAAGAUAUAAUAAUGUUGAUUAAUUAA